GUACAGGCUGGCAGGGGGAAGCAGUGUGCUCUGUGCUGCAGCCUGCAAUAGAUAGUAGUAGUAGUAACUUGGUAACCCGGGGCUGCUGCAGCAUGCAACGUGGCGCACUGGUCCCUCCCAGUCAUUGACUCCAUUCUGGCCAAUCACAAUCUGUGUAACAUGGAAGGUUGCGGGACGUGUUGUCACACCGGACUGGCUGGGAGCGGGGUCUCAUCCCUGUUCGGAUCAAGUAGGUGCAGGUCUCCCAGCUCAGAGUACUAAGGUGGAUUUCCUCUGCUGCUCUGAGGGGGCGGGCGAUGGAGCUUCAUAGAUUCUUGUACUUAUUGCUGCUUUGUGCUGGAGAAAUAUUCACUAAACCCACCUUCCGCAAAGAGAGGAUCCGCCUGGACCCCGAGCUCAACAGUCAGGUCCAUGAGGAGAACCAGAGUUUCCAACAAGACCAUGAAGCUUUUCUGGGAAAAGAUGAGGCCAAGACUUUUGACCAGCUCACGCCAGAAGAAAGCAAAGACAAGCUGGGAAAAAUAGUCAAUAGAAUAGACAGUGACCAUGAUGGAUUUAUUAAUACAGAGGAGUUGACCGCGUGGAUUAAACGGGUCCAGAAGAGAUACGUGUAUGAAAAUGUGGCGAGGGUUUGGAAGGACUAUGAUGUCAAUAAAGAUAACCAGAUUUCGUGGGAAGAGUAUAAGCAAGCCACGUAUGGAUACUACUUAGCAAACCCUGAAGAAUUCCAAGAUGCAGCAGAACAGUUUAGCUUUAAGAAGAUGCUGCCCCGUGACGAAAGGAGGUUUAGGAGAGCCGAUCUUAACGGAGAUCUAGAAGCAAGUCGCGAGGAGUUCACCGCUUUUCUGCACCCAGAAGAAUUUGAGCAUAUGAAGGACAUCGUUAUAUUGGAGACCCUGGAAGACAUUGACAAGAAUGGAGAUGGCUUUGUGGAUGAAGAUGAAUAUAUUGAGGACAUGUUUUCCCAUGAGGAGGGGGUCCCAGAACCUGACUGGGUAGCCACGGAAAGGGAACAGUUUUCAGAUUUCCGUGACCUUAACAAGGAUGGCAAAAUGGACAAAGAUGAAAUCCGCCACUGGAUUCUUCCUCAGGAUUAUGAUCACGCACAGGCAGAAGCCAGACAUCUGCUCUAUGAAUCAGACUUGAACAAGGAUAAACUGUUGACCAAAGAUGAGAUUUUAGAGAAUUGGAACAUGUUUGUGGGUAGCCAGGCCACAAACUACGGAGAAGACCUCACCAGGAACCAUGAUGAAUUGUAAUGAGAUGAAAGGCAACUGUGACUUUUUUUUUUUUUUUGUUAUUCCAUUCACUUGACUUUUACUUUAUCAUAGUAUUUGCACCAUCACAAACUAUACUAUAUUUAUUACCUCAAAACGGGUAUAAUUGCCCAAAAUUUAGUGUUUGAAAGAGCUAUGAACAGAUUUUUAUGUGGUUGGGAAAACGGUUAUUUAGAUUUUUUAUUAUUUUGUAUAGCGUUUUUUUGUUUCAACUGUAAUAUGUAGUAAAGCAGCAGUGGAUUGUGUAAACUAAUUUUUUGAAUGUUAAAGUAGGUUGUUUAUUUUAAUAACUUCUGCCAUGUACACAUAAGAAUUUUUCUUUACUGUAUAUUGGGGAUGGAAAUGUUUUGCCUAAGUACUGAUUUUUGUUUUCUGUAUACAGAUAACAAGGUCUACAUUAAUAAUGUCAGUAUUUUAAUAAAACUUUUUGUAAGAAAA